AUGUCCGACGCUCACCGUAAAGAUAUCCACGAAAAGAUCGAGUCCAAGCUUAAGCCAGACUCCCAGAAGUCCACUGGCGAGUUGGUGAAGGACAAGGUUACUGACAACUUGGACAACGCCGCUGGUGACAGCACCAGAAAGGGUGACAAGGGUUUCAUCCAGCAGGCUGCUGACAAGGUCUUCGGCAACAACCGGCGCCACUUUUUUCAAACAAUGACAACCACGUCUAAAGACCCCUCCACUUUGCACAAUCCAUACUUCGAACAGAACCCCAACAGAAAGGAUGUCUGGACAUUGAUUAACGAGACUGCUGCUAAAGCUCAGGAAGAGCUCGGAAAGCCCGUGACUAACUUGGGCCAGGGUUUUUUUUCCUACAAUCCUCCUGAUUUUGCUUUGGAGGCCGUCAACCACUCCUUGACAAAGCCACAGUACAAUCAGUAUGCUAGUGCAAGGGGAAACCCCAAUCUCUUGAAGAGUUUGGCAGAGAUGUAUACGACCGAGUACGGCCGUCCUGUUGAUGUAUCUGAAGUUCAGGUCACCACAGGAGCCAAUGAGGGUAUGUUCUCUGUGUUUUUCGGAUUCUUGACUCCAGGAGACGAAGUGGUUGUAUUCGAGCCAUUCUUCGAUCAAUACAUCCCUAAUGUUGAAAUGACAGGAGCCAAGUUGAAGUAUGUUGGCAUCAAAUUUCCUGAGAAGUUUGAUUCCGAGAACGUAACUGGUGAUGACUGGCAGAUCGACUGGGACGGCUUGGAGAAGGCUAUCACCCCAAAGACAAAGAUCAUUGUCAUCAAUACUCCUCAUAACCCAAUCGGAAAGGUUUUCAACGAAGAGGAGCUCUACCGGAUCGGUCAAUUGGCUAUCAAAAACAAUUUGAUCUUGUUGUCGGACGAGGUUUACGAGAACUUGUACUAUCUUCCAAAGUUCCCCAGACCGGCAGCUUUGGCUUCCUUGCCUGAAUUGGCUGAUAGAACUUUGACUGUUGGAUCUGCUGGAAAGUCUUUUGCUGCCACUGGCUGGAGAGUGGGUUGGAUCCAGGGACCCUCCGAAUUGCUUAAGUAUGUCGCUUCGGCACAUACCAGAAUCUGUUUCUCCACUCCAGCUCCAUUGCAGCAGGCUGUCUCGGAAGCACUCACGCAGGCCGCCGCCAACAACUACUUUGAACUUACUCGUAAGCAAUACGAACAUAAGUACAAAAUCUUUGAACAAGUUUUUGAAGAGUUGGGUUUGCCAUACACUACUGCUCAAGGUGGAUAUUUCUUGCUUGUUAACUUCAAGAAGUUGAAGAUCCCUGAUGACUAUGUUUACCCUGAGGAGAUUCUGAGCCGUGGCACCAAUGACUACAAGCUUGUUUAUUGGUUGAUCAAAGAGAUUGGAGUAGUCGGUAUUCCUCCAACAGAGUUUUUGGUUCCAGAACACAGAAAAAACAAUCCUUUGGAGAACUCCGUGAGAUUUGCCGUGUGCAAGGACGAUUCAUUGUUGGAGGAAGCAGUGAUUAGAUUGAGAAAGUUGAAGGAGUACUUGUGA